CUUUUCCUUUCCUUUCCCCAAUAUGUUCUUCUUCCUUGCUCUCUCGAUUCCGUUGUAAUCCUCGAUUCUGUUUCAGAUGGGUACCGGUGGCAAACACCGAUGGAGGUUCAGUCUUCUCCGAUCACCCUCCAAUCUCAAAACCCCACCACCACCACCACCGCCGCCGCCGGAGUUCAUCUGUCCCAUUUCUGGCGACCUCAUGGCCGACCCUGUAAUUGUUUCAUCUGGACAAACCUUCGAACGUAAUUGUGUUCUUGCUUGUAUUUCCCUCUCCUUCAAACCCUCCACCCUCCCCACCACCGUCGAUUUCACCACCGUCAUCCCUAAUCUCGCUCUCAAAUCCGCCAUUAUCAACUGGUGUCGAACCAAUUCCUUCUCACCAAUCCCUCAACCCCUUGAUAUCCGUUCCGCUUUGAACAUCGUCCAAGCGUUGAUGAACGAUUCCCCUAAAUUUCCACCUCGAUUGGAUCGUUUGUCGAGUUGUUUAUCGUCGACGUCGGACGAAUCGGUGGUGGCCACCGCCGUUGAUUCGUGUUCUUCUACCCCUCUUCCGUUGCUAACCACUCGUCCUUUCUGUUAUUCGUCUUCUUCGUCCUCCGAAAUCGAGAAUCCAGUUGAAGAAGAUGAGGAGAUCAUUUGUAAGCUUAGAAGUGGUUUAAUGGCGGAUCAGGAGGACGCCGCCGUGACGUUGAGGAAGAUAACACGAACUAAGCAGGAUGCUCGGAUCUAUCUGUGUACGCCGAGAUUAAUGGCGGCUCUCCGCCAUUUGAUUGUUUCGAGAUACUCCGCCGUUCAAGUGAAUUCCACGGCGGCGUUGGUGAAUUUAUCGUUGGAGAAUGGUAAUAAAGUGAAGAUCGUGAGAUCUGGAAUCGUUCCGCCUUUGAUCGACGUUUUGAGAGGUGGUUUCCCGGAGGCUCAAGACCACGCCGCCGGCGCGUUGUUUAGCUUGGCUCUCGACGACCAAAACAAAACCGCUAUUGGCGUUCUCGGCGCAUUGCCGCCGUUACUCCAGGCUCUCCGCGCCGGCUCCGACAGGUCCCGCCAUGACUCCGCCUUGGCUCUAUACCACUUAUCUCUCGUUCAAAGCAACCGAGCCAAGCUCGUAAAGCUUGGCUCGGUCCCGUUGUUUCUAAACAUGCUCAAAUCGGGUAAUAUGACGGGUCGGGUCAUGUUGGUUCUCUGCAACUUGGCCGGAAGUGUCGAAGGUCGGGCAGCGAUGUUGGACGGCGGUGCCGUCGAGUGCUUACUCGGGAUGGUGAGUCGCGCCGAGUUCGAUUCCGAUUCAACUCGGGAAUGUUGUUUAGGAGCUCUAUAUGGACUGAGUCAAGGCGGGUUGAGGUUCAAAGGGCUGGCGAAGGAAGCCGGCGCGGAGGAGGUGCUACUCAGGGAGGAGGAGACGGCGCCGGAGAGAUGCAAAGAGAAGGCGAAGAAGAUAUUAGAGGUUAUGCGGCAGAAAUACGAGGAGGAGACGGUGGAUUGGGAGGCGUUAUUGAAUUCCGACGAGUUGACUCGGUCACGAUUUGAACUCGUUUAUGGUAAAGGGUGAAAAAGUGGACUCAUAACUGGACAAAUGUUUUUUCUUUUUGUGGACAGUUUUUGGGUAUUUGUUUUUGUGAUGAUUUUAAUGUAUUAUUUUGGGCACCCUUUGUUUAUGUGUGCAUACAAAAAACCUUAGUUUUUGUAAAUGAAUAUUUUCGAACCGAUUUUUGCCGGUUUAUUCGGUAUUGA